ACAUAAUAAUAUGGGGGUCCGCUUAGAAAAGGAAAAGGAAUAAACGUAAGUAGGCUUAGAUCUGCAGAUUGUUUGAGUAGAGAUGGAUUCCGACGAAGAGAAGCAGCCAUGGAUCCCUCUGAGGCAGCGACCAGAGUUGUCCGACGUCACUCCCAUCCCUCAAGACGACGGUCCAAACCCAAUCGUUCCUAUAACCUACAAGGACCAGUUCACUGAGACCAUGGACUAUUUUCGAGCCCUCUUCCAUGCCGAUGAGCGCUCCCCUCGAGCCCUACGUCUCACCACUGAAGCCAUCUUACUUAACCCCGGCAACUACACUAUAUGGCAAUUCAGGCGUCUAAUUCUUGAGGCUCUCAACGUUGAUUUACAAACUGAAUUGGGUUUCACUGAUGCUAUUGCCAAGAGCAACUCCAAGAACUAUCAGUUGUGGCAUCAUAGACGCUGGCUUGCAGAGAAAUUGGGAACUAUUGCUACGAGCAAGGAGCUUGAGUUUACCAAGAAGAUACUAUCUCUUGAUGCUAAACAUUAUCAUGCAUGGUCUCAUAGACAGUGGGUUCUUCAGGCACUAGGAGGGUGGGAAGACGAACUUAACUAUUGUCAUGACCUCAUUGAAGAAGAUAUUUAUAAUAAUUCUGCUUGGAAUCAGAGAUAUUUUGUUAUUACAAGAUGUCCCAUCCUGGGAGGCUUAAUUGCUAUGAGAGAGUCUGAAGUGAAAUAUACCGUUGAAGCCAUCAUAACCCGCCCUGAUAAUGAGAGUUCGUGGAGAUACCUUCGAGGGCUUUAUAAAGAUGACAACCAGUCUUGGGUGAAUGAUCCCCAAAUCUCUUCAGUGUGCUUGAAAGUUUUAAGCACCAAAACCAACAGUGUCUUUGCUUUGAGCACGCUCUUGGAUCUUAUCUCCCAUGGUUUUCAACCAAACAAAGAGUUGAGAGACAUUGUCAAUGCAAUAAGUUUUCCAGAAUCAGAUUCGGACUUGGCAAGAACAGUGUGCACUGUGUUGGAAAGGGAGGACACUAUUCGAGCUGACUACUGGAGGUGGCGCAAGAGCAAGCUUUCUCAAGCAUCUUGAUCUUUAGGGAUUAAGGUCUUGUUUGUUUCUUAUGAUUGUAAUUUUACUCAAUAGAUGAACAAUCACAUCCAAUCUUAUUACUACAAUAGUAUAGUUUGAAAGAUUUCUCAUUGAUCUAUGUUUUCUUUUCCUAAAUUUGGAUAAUACUGACUUUGCCGAACACAAAGAAAUAUGCAAGGCUUAUUUGCACGUGGUUCUCAUC